AUGGAGAUCUCUCUCUCUCUCUCUCUCUCUCUCUCUCUCUCUCUAUCUAUCUAUCUAUCUAUAUAUCUCCUGGACCAAAUUUAUAUUUCUAACAAUUGGGUUUCCGCUUUUAAUAUCUAUCUAUCUAUCUAUCUAUCUAUCUAUCUAUCUAUCUAUCUAUCUAUCUAUAUUUUUAUCUUUUUAUGUAUCUAUAUAUCUAUUUCUGUUAAUAUCUCUCUCUAUAUGUCCCUCCCUCCCUCUCUCUCUCUAUCUCUCUCUCUCUCUCUCUCUAUCUAUCUAUCUAUCUAUCUAUCUAUCUAUCUAUCUAUUAUUUUAUCUGUUUAUGUAUCUAUAUGUCUAUUUCUGUUAAUAUCUCUCUCCCCCUCUAUCUCUAUCUAUCUCUUUCUGUCAAUAUCUAUCUAUCUAUCUAUCUAUCUAUCUAUCUAUCUAUCUAUAUAUAUAUAUAUAUAUAUGCCUCUCCUUAUCUAUCAUUUUAUCCAUUUAUGUAUGUAUAUAUCUAUUUCUGUUAAUAUCUAUCUAUCUAUCUAUCUAUCUAUCUAUCUAUUUCAAUUUCAUAUUAUCUAUUUAGCUAUCUGCCUUGUAAUCUUUUUCCUUUUCAUCGUCCUAUGUUAUACUCUCUCUGUCUCUCUCUCUAUCUCCCCCUCUCUCUCUCUCUCUCUCUCUUUCUACGCAUGCGAACAUCCAAUCUGA